AUGGAUAAAUUUAAAAAAGAACCUGGUGAAAUAGUUCAAUUGAGAGCGGAAACAAAGUUUGCAAAGGAAGCAGGCACUCUCUAUUGCACCAACAUGAGAUUGGUUUGGGUACAAUCAGGAAAGAUUGAACCUUCAUUACAUUUUCAUUUUUCAGAAAUAAAAACUCAAUUUGUAUCUACUUCUACAAGUGCAAAAGCAUUGCUACGUCUAAGUGUAAAAGAUGAAAAGGAUUCGAAUGCAACACAAGACUUUCUCUUUGAAUUCAGUCAUAUGUCGAAUGCACGUCAAGAUCUAAACAAGUUCAAAGAGCGUAUCGGUCAAGUAGUAAAACCACCUCCAGUAUCACCGAAUUCACCGGUUGCCAAAUCAGCAUCUGCCGUUGCCAAGCCUGUCGCCAAGCCACAAGUACCGGUAGCACCACCGAAGCCAGCGACACCCAAGACAUUCCGCAAUGGUACGGUCACCGAAGAGGAAGUUAAACAACGUGUUCAGCUACUUUCGUCGAAUAUGGAGUUGAAGCAAUUAUUCGAUUCACUGGUGGGUGCAGGUAUCAUCAGCGAGAACGACUUUUGGGAGUCACGAAAGAUGAUGUUGAAAAACGAUGGAAUGCGACCCGAUCGACAACACGUCGGUAUGCCUAGUAUCAUCUUGAGUGACGUCAGACCAACCUCUGAAUCAAUCAAUGCAGUUCGUUAUAGAUUGACACCAUCGAUCAUCAAUCAGAUAUUCAUUCAACACCCAUCGGUCGAACGUGCCUACAAAGAUAACGUACCAGGCAAACUAUCAGAACAAGAGUUUUGGAAGAAAUAUGUACAUUCUAAAUACUUUUAUCGUGAUAGAAACAUACAUAAUCCACCACCUACAGAUGAUCUAUUCUCAAGAUAUGAUACGAAUGAUGAUAGUGAGAUAAAGUUAUUAAAGAAGAAAUUGAUGGAUAUCAAUCCAUUGGUUGAUCUAUCAUCAGAAGGUGAUGAAGAUAACCUAUCGAGUGGAUAUGGUGUACUUUUAGAUGCGAAUUUGAACCCAGAGAAACUAAAGAAUGCAUUACCAUUACUCAGAAAGUUUAAUCGACACAGUUCAUUGGUUUUAGGUUCAAAAGAUUUUAUAAAUGCAACAGAUACAGUUAGUGCAAAAGAUAAAGAUAGAUAUAGUACUGAACAAAUUGAAAAGAUAUUGAAAUCAAACAAAAGAGUGUUACAAGAACAUGCUGUGAUGACCGAUCUCGAAGAUCAAGUACCACUUGACUUUCCAAAACUAAAGAUUCAAGAUCAAAAGAGAUACUUUGAAGGUCAUUCACAAAACAUUCAAAGAGAAGAAGAUAAACAGAUAUUCAUUGGUUUCUUUCAAGAUGAAUUCACAAAUUGGAAAUGUGAUUUUAAAAAUACAACCAAAACAAAUAAUGGAGUUUUAGAUGAGAUUGCUUCGAUUUCAUCGAGUAGAAAUGAUAAGACUCAAGGUGAAUAUCAAUUGAAUCAGAAUCAGUUUAAACAGGAUCUGUUGUCUUCAUUUAGAAAGACCAAUGAAUUACUUAGACAUUUCUGGGCAUCAUCUUAUACUCCUGGUAUUGGAAGACCACCAACCGCCUUCCAGAAGAAAAAGAAUCGUGAAAUGGGCACUCACAUUGACAAUAUGUAUUCAGAACUUGAGAAUUGGAAGAAUACACUGACAAAAGAUGGAAAGAUCAAUCAGGCAUCACUUAUAAACUCAAUUAUGCAAUCACUACACAAAGCAAUUGAAAAACGACAAGAAAUAAACGAUCAUGAAAUAAUUGGUACUGAUUAA